AUGCCUGGAAAUGGAUCUUACGUGGUCGGCGUCGACGUUGGAGGCACCAACACCGAUUCCGUUCUUGUGGACGUUUCAAAGACUGGGCCCGCGGCUGUGUUAUCGUCGCACAAGGCUGCCACCACGUCCAACGUCACCUUGAGUGUACGAGAGACUCUCAAGAUCCUGCUGGACGAGUCACCGGUCGAUAGAAAGCAUGUCUCUGCCAUCGCCAUUGGCACGACCCAUUUCAUCAAUGCCAUCAUCGAGCGCGACUCGUCUCGCGUAGAGAAAGUGGCCGUGUUGCGCCUGGCAUCUCACAACUUCUCUGCCGGCACACCGCCGUUCGUGGACUGGCCCUCUGGCCUCAAGCGCAUCGUACAUGGUCAUGCGGCCAUCAUCCCAGGAGGCUGCAAUAUCGACGGCAGUUUGAUUGCUGACAUCGACGAGGCCGCCGUCCGUGAACAGGCACGAACCAUCAAAGCAAAGGGCCUCAGGAAUGUGGUGAUAGUCGGCAUAGGAUCACCCACUGAUCACCAAUACCACCAAGAGGAAAGGGCUCGCGAUAUCCUCAGGGCUGUCCUCCACAACGAUGUAAACAUUGUAUGUUCUCGAGAUGUCGCAGGAAACGGUCUGCUUGCACGAGAAAACGCCGCCAUCCUCAACGCAUCAAUCCUCAACUUCGCCAGUAGGGCGAUCCGGGCUUUCAUGGCUGCAAUGAGCCACGUUGGCUUGCAGUGUCCUCUCUAUCUGACUUCCAAUAAAGGCCACCUGUUGACAUUCUCUGAAGCCAUGCAGUUUCCCAUUAGAAUCUUUUCCUCAGGUGCCACCAAUUCCAUCCGGGGGGCCGCGGUUCUACUCGGGUCUGAUAUUGGCCAGUCCGGCAGCGUGGUAGUCGACAUUGGCGGUACGACUACAGAAGUCGGGUAUCUGCUAAAGAACGGCUAUCCUCGACUUUCUAAGAGCUACACUGAUCUUGCAGGGAUUAAGGUGAACCUAGAAAUGCCGUCAGUGGAAAGCGUUGGCCUCGGUGGAGGCUCCAUCGCCCAUGUGAGCUCAGAUGAAAAGCAGGUCCUCGUAGGGCCAGACAGUGUUGGACACGAUCUGCUAACUAGAGCCCUUUGCUUUGGGGGAAGUGACAUGACCGCAACUGACAUUGUUGUUGCCUCUGGAGAUGUCUCCAUAGGCACAACGCCGGUCGAGCUUCGCCCGAGCAUCAUAGCAAAGGCCAGAGCGAGAAUGAAGAAGAUGCUCGAAGCUUGCAUCGAUCGCGCGAAAUCAUCUCCAGAGCCUUGUACCGUUGUUCUUGUUGGAGGCGGAUCCAUUCUAUGCCCACAGGAGCUGAACGCGGUGGAAAAGAUCGUUGUACCUCAGCAUGCCGGGGUUGCAAAUGCAAUCGGAGCAGCAAUGGCAAAGAUAUCAGGGUCAGCAGAACUGAUUAUCCAAGGAUCAGACAUUCAGCAAGGCAUCGCCAGAGUCAAGUCACAGGCGAUCGAAAACGGCAUUUCAAGAGGCGGCAAUCCAGCCUCGGUCACCAUUUUGAACGAAGAGGUAGUAGGAGUGCCAUAUGCACAAAACCAGACACGGAUAAAGGUGGAAGUUGCAAUGCCCGCCGACCAUGAGAGAGUUCGCAAAGAAAUGUCUCAGCUGUCGAGUACCGAGAAUACUGAGGUCGAAAGUGAAAUGUAUGAAGAUACAAAGAAACACGAGGCGUGGUCAAACGGGGAAUCUUCUGAAUCCGAGCAUGUCGAUGUAAGCACUUACCGACCACGGGUGACCGAGAAUGGCAUCUGGAUGCUCUCUGAACUCGACCUCCGAUUCCUGUCCAUUGGCUGCUAUAUCCUGGGAGUUGGCGGAGGAGGAUCUCCGUACGCUGUCUUCCUGCAGCUUAAACAGCUCUUGUCUGAAGGGGAAGCGAUCACCAUCAUGAGCUUCGAAGACUUGAAAGACGACGAUCAAAUCCCCACUGUGGCCGGAGUCGGAAGCCCAGCAGUCAGUGUUGAAAGACCAGGCGGUGACGGGAUCGUUCAUGCACUGAAGAUGCUGUCCGAAGAACUGCAUACCAAUUUCACCCAGCUUUCAACGGCUGAAAUUGGGGGCGGCAACGGUUUGCAGCCCCUGGUCUGUGGUUCAUCCAAAUAUUUUAAUCUUCCCACUGUGGAUGGCGACUUGAUGGGCCGGGCCUAUCCAGGCUUCGAGAAUUGCUCGACAUAUGUCAUGUCGGAAUCGAUCAACGCCCUCCUUCCGGUCACUCUGUGCAGUGGUACAGGCCAUAACGUUCUGAUCCCGGCAGGUCAGACAGACGAGAAGGCUCCCGGCAUCAUGAUUCGAGAUGCAUGUUUCGCUAUGGGAUCUGCCUGUGGAGCGGCCGGAGUACCCUUGAGCGGGAAACAGAUGCGAACCAUGGGUAUUCCCAAUACACACUCCCUGGCAUGGCGGCUCGGUAGGGUUGUCUUCCAGGCACAACAAUCAGCAUCAUUGGCCUCGCUUCCUGAAGCCUUGAUCAAGGAGUGCGGAGGGGAUCAGACGGCUCGACGGCUUUUCCAAGGUAAAAUUCGAAGUGUUGAGAGUGCCUUGACCACAACGGCCCAUAGCCUGGGCAAGGUGACCAUUGAGGCCCUCGGCGAGGACGAGACGGAAAGUGAGGCAGAUAAAAGGGGGUCCUGGACAGAAGUUGUGAUUCCUUUCAUGAAUGAAAAUCUCGCGGUGCUAGGGAAGAAUGGCCGGGGCGAAGAAACAGUACUUGCAACUGUUCCAGACUUGAUAUUUCUAUUGGAUGUGUCGACAGGAGAGAACAUUGGUGUCCAGGAAUAUAGGUAUGGCUUGAAGGUGACGGUCAUGAUCAUGGCGCCGCAUCCUAUUUGGACCACAAAGCGAGGUCUGGAAGUUGGCGGGCCGAGUGCCUUCAACCUACCCUAUGAGUACAAUUCGACACUCAAAUACACCAAGCCCAGGAGUGUGAUUGAGGAGUUUCGACCAAAAGCCGCCAAUUAG